GCCAGUGGGGACCCUCAUCCCCCACCAUGCCUGCACUCUGUCCCAUAGGUACUGGGAACGCCUCAUCGCCAGAACUCGCCAACAAGUACCAAGACCUCGCUUGGCUGGCGGAGGCUAUUUUAGGCACGUUUUCCUUUGCACGAUCAGUAUGAUCUUCGGGAGUAGGUUUGCAACUCUCCGGAGUUCGGGGAGCAAACUGUUCUGUGCCGUGGCCAAGUCGUUUUGCGCAGUGCCGCAGUCUGGCGGAGAGAGCAAAAGGCUGCGGGUUCUGGUGGACAUGGACGGAGUGCUGGCUGAUUUUGAGGGCGGAUUCCUGCAGAAGUACAAGGACACGUAUCCCGAUGAACCGUUCGUUGAGCUGGCGGAUCGCAGAGGUUUCUGGGUUUCUGCACAGUAUGGACAGCUUCAGCCUGAACUCUGUGAGAAAGCAAUAAGUAUAUGGGAGUCAAAGAACUUCUUCAUUGAACUUGAUCCCCUUCCCGGUGCUGUGGAGGCAGUGAAAGAGAUGGCCAACAUGAAAAACACUGAUGUGUUCAUUUGCACCAGCCCUAUAAAGAAGUACGAUCACUGUCCUUUUGAAAAAUAUGCCUGGGUAGAGAAACAUCUUGGGAAGGAGUUUCUGGAACUGAUGGUCCUAACACGGGAUAAAACAUUGAUAUCAGGCAGUUUGCUGAUAGACGACAAACCGGAUAUAUCAGGUGUGGAGCCCUAUCCUAAGUGGGAGCACAUACUUUUCUCUGCCUGUCAUAAUAUGCAUGUGCAACUGAGACCGCCUAGAAGGCGGCUACACUCUUGGGCUGAUGAUUGGAAACUAAUUCUGGACAGCAAGCGGCAGUGAUAACCUGCAUGUGGCCUUGGACGUUUCAGUUGCUAUGGAACAACGAAUCCCGAUUGUCUGAUGCAGAAUUCAAACAAUGCACAUAGCAUGCGAUGAUCAGUUAACAAUUUGGACUGCAAAUACAUGAGGUUCUAGUUUCUGUGGUUUUCAGAUAUUUUUGGGGUACUUUUCAGUAAAGGAAAUGUUAAACGGGAGAUAAUGUGGAUUUGGUUGGGACCUAAUGACAUACUAGAAAUUGCUUCCGUUGUCUCCCAACAAACUUUACACACUAUAUUGUUCUUCUCAUUGUUGCAGGAAAGGGGAGCUAAUAUAAUCAUCAGCUCCUGAUCUGUGAUAUAUAUUUCAGAUGAGAAAUUAAACCAGAUCCAGUAAAUCUUUACAGAUAAUGAAUAAUGAUCCUGCAGAUUUGGCAACGCACAAAUGUUGGUUUUGGUUUCCCCACCUGCUGCAUUUCAGUGUUAGAUAAAAUUAGUUUUUGUUUCACUGCUAUAUUUCACAGUGAGAACUGACACCAUUAGUCAUUGGAGAAAAAUAGAAGUCAUGGACCAUUGUUUCUGGACUGGCUGUGUCUGGUAGUACAAUGGCACUUUUAUCAGGGAUUACAUUUACCAUAGAUGAUGGUGGUGCUACAUGCUAAAUUUUAAUCCCUUGCAGUAUAAACUGUGGUAACUAAAAUUCCUGAUUCAAUGGCCCAAGGCAAUAUUUGCAUCCAGAACAAGACUUUAUACUGCUUUUGGGUUAACCUGAUUUUAACCUAAAUUUUAAAUGUAAAGUACCCUUAACUUCUUAAAAGACUCCUUCAAUGAAAUUUCUGUGAAACAGGUGGCCCUUCUCACUACUUCUGCAACUGACUGUUCUAAGUGCCCAGAGACUUUGCAGACUCAAAAGAAUUGAAAGAUAAAUGUUUACUUUUAAAGCUGGCAGAGUUCACUAUUUGAUUUGUCAGCUCAUAUUUCCUUUGGGCUUAACAGACAUUAGCAAUGGGUGUGCAAAGAAAAUAGAAACCAUUUUUGGCCUGAAAUAUUUAGCUAACAUGGCAGCUAAAAUGCAAGUAUAUUUAAAUCUACAACUAGGUUGUUUAAAAUUUUAUGUAUUUUAAAUAUUUUGUUUUAUAUUGCACUCUAACAGUGGCAUUGUAACUCACGUGAUUGUCAUAAAAGCAGAUUGUCAUUAUUCCGAUGUUCUUCUACAAUGGAUAAUGCAGGUGUUUGGGAUAAUGUAAGCGGUACUCAUGACAUUAAACUCCAUCUGAUUCUG